AGGGUGUCAUUCCUGGCCCCCCCACAGACCUCUCUGUCACUGAGGCCACCCGGAGCUACGUAGUGCUGAGCUGGAAACCCCCUGGCCAGCGAGGUCACGAGGGCAUUAUGUACUUUGUAGAAAAGUGUGACGUGGGGACAGAAAACUGGCAACGUGUCAACACAGAACUCCCAGUAAAGUCUCCUCGCUUUGCUCUGUUCGACUUGGUGGAGGGGAAAUCUUACCGCUUCCGUGUCCGAUGCUCAAAUUCAGCAGGAGUCGGUGAACCAUCAGAGGCAUCAGAAGUGACUGUCGUAGGGGACAAACUUGAUAUCCCCAAGGCCCCUGGCAAAAUCAUCCCAAGUAGAAAUACAGACACCUCAGUGGUGGUUUCCUGGGAGGAGUCCAAAGAUGCCAAAGAGCUAGUUGGAUACUAUAUCGAGUCCAGUGUGGUUGGCUCUGGCAAGUGGGAGCCCUGCAACAACAACCCUGUGAAGGGCUCACGAUUUACUUGUCACGGAUUGGCCACUGGUCAGAGCUACAUCUUCCGGGUCAGAGCAGUGAACGCAGCUGGACUUAGUGAAUAUUCCCAGGAUUCGGAAGCCAUUGAAGUCAAAGCUGCGAUUGGGGGAGGAGUGUCUCCAGAUGUGUGGCUUCAGCUGAGUGAUGCUCCUGGCGGACUAACAGACUCCAGGGGGGGCAUGAAUGGAGCCUCCCCACCAACCUCUCAAAAAGACGCUUUGCUCAGUAGCCAACCUAACAAAACUUCACCACCCAGUAGCCCUUCCAGCCGGGGUAAAGUAAGUGAAUCAGUGCGGGAGGAACUCAGCCCGCCACCACAGAAGGCAGCUCCCAAGGAGCAAAGUAAACCUGAGCCCCUGAAAAAGAAGAAGGACCCCGUAGCGGCACCAUCUCCACCCUAUGACAUCACUUGUCUCGAAAGUUUUCGUGACUCAAUGGUUCUUGGAUGGAAGCAACCAGAUAUGACUGGAGGGGCAGAGAUUACGGGCUAUUAUGUGAACUAUCGUGAGGUAAUUGGUGGGGUGCCAGGAAAAUGGAGAGAAGCCAACAUCAAGGCCGUCAGUGAUGCAGCAUACAAGAUUAGCAACUUGAAGGAAAACACAGUGUACCAGUUCCAAGUGUCAGCCAUGAACAUCGCGGGGCUGGGAGCACCCUCUGCAGUGAGCGAAUGCUUCAAGUGUGAAGAAUGGACCAUUGCGGUACCAGGACCACCACACAGCCUGAAGAUCAGUGAAGUCAGGAAGAACUCCCUGGUCCUCCAGUGGAAGCCUCCAGUCUACUCAGGCCGCACUCCAGUCACUGGUUACUUUGUGGACCUGAAGGAAGCCAGUGCCAAAGAUGACCAGUGGCGAGGACUCAAUGAGGCAGCCAUUGGGAACAAGUACCUGAGGGUGCAAGGACUCAAAGAGGGUGUCAGCUACGUGUUCCGAGUCCGGGCCAUCAACCAGGCAGGCGUUGGAAAGCCUUCUGAUCUUGCUGGCCCUGUUGUGGCAGAAACACGUCCAGGUACCAAGGAGGUUGUUGUAAAUGUGGACGAUGAUGGAGUCAUUUCCUUGAACUUUGAAUGUGAUCAGAUGACUCCCAAGUCAGAAUUUGCCUGGUCCAAAGAUUACAUACCUACUGACGACUCUCCACGAUUAGAGGUCGAAAGCAAAGGCAAUAAGACAAAGAUGACCUUCAAAGACCUCGGGACAGAUGAUUUGGGCACCUAUUCUUGUGAUGUGACAGACACUGAUGGGAUAGCAUCAAGCUACUUGAUAGAUGAGGAAGAAAUGAAACGUCUGCUUGCCCUCAGUCAGGAGCACAAGUUCCCAACUGUCCCAACUAAGUCAGAGUUGGCAGUUGAAAUUUUGGAGAAAGGCCAGGUCCGGUUUUGGAUGCAGGCUGAGAAGCUGUCUGGCAAUGCCAAAGUCAACUACAUAUUUAAUGAGAAGGAAAUUUUUGAAGGGCCGAAGUACAAGAUGCAUAUUGACCGAAACUCUGGUGUGAUUGAAAUGUUCAUGGAGAAGCUGCAGGAUGAGGAUGAAGGGACAUACACAUUCCAGAUUCAAGAUGGAAAAGCAACUGGCCAUUCUACACUUGUUCUCAUUGGAGAUGUUUAUAAGAAACUCCAGAAAGAAGCUGAGUUCCAGCGACAAGAAUGGAUCAGGAAACAAGGCCCACAUUUUGCGGAGUAUUUGAGCUGGGAAGUGACUGGAGAGUGUAACGUGCUAUUGAAAUGCAAGGUGGCGAAUAUUAAAAAAGAGACUCACAUUGUGUGGUACAAAGACGAGCGGGAGAUAUCAGUGGAUGAGAAGCAUGACUUCAAGGAUGGCAUUUGCACCCUGCUCAUCACAGAGUUCUCCAAGAAAGAUGCUGGAUUUUACGAAGUUAUCCUGAAAGACGACCGAGGGAAAGACAAGAGCAGAUUGAAACUUGUGGAUGAAGCCUUCCAAGAACUGAUGACUGAAGUGUGCAGGAAGAUAGCUUUGUCAGCUACAGACCUGAAAAUCCAGAGCACAGCGGAGGGCAUCCGGCUGUACUCCUUUGUCACUUACUACCUGGAUGAUUUGAAAGUUAACUGGUCCCACAAUGGCACUGGCAUUAAGUACACAGACAGAGUUAAGAGUGGCGUCACUGGGGAGCAGAUCUGGCUUCAGAUCAAUGAGCCCACUCCAAAUGACAAAGGGAAGUACGUAAUGGAGCUCUUUGAUGGCAAGACUGGACACCAGAAGACCGUGGAUCUUUCUGGACAAGCAUUUGAUGAAGCCUUUGCUGAAUUCCAGAGGUUAAAACAAGCCGCCAUUGCUGAAAAAAAUCGGGCCCGGGUGUUGGGUGGCCUCCCUGAUGUUGUCACCAUCCAGGAAGGCAAGGCACUUAAUCUCACUUGUAACGUGUGGGGCGACCCAACCCCUGAGGUGUCCUGGCUGAAAAACGAGAAGCCACUGGCCUCCGAUGACCACUGCAGCCUCAAGUUUGAGGCCGGGAAGACUGCCUACUUCACCAUCUCAGGUGUGAGCACUGCAGAUUCUGGCAAGUACGGGCUGGUGGUGAAGAACAAGUACGGCUCAGAGACAAGCGACUUCACUGUCAGUGUCUUCAUCCCGGAGGAGGAGGCAAGGAAGGGCCCAUCAGAGCCCCAGAAAAGCAGCCAGAAGUCCAAGUGAGACUGGGUGGAGCUGCGAGGAGAGCCAGGACCAGCUGAGCCACCCCCCUGCUGCUGCUGUGAAAAUGAGUUGGGUUACAGAUGGGGAAGUCCCCCUGGUGUCUUCCUGUUUUGUGCUGGUUUGGGAGGAAGUUAUCAAAUCUCUUAUUCAUUUAUGUGAGGCACCAAUUAACGACACUUUAAGGGUUUUUAUCUACAGUUUAUAUAGUAAAAAAAUCUUAGGAAGUGGUUUCACGGAAGAAGGCCAGGAAAUGUGGAGAGAUGUUGACUGAGAGAAGGAGAGGGACAGAGUUGGAAGCAGACCAAGUUCUUAGGAGUUGUGUCUACACUUGGCAUUUAGUCAAAGCAGAAACAUGCUGGUCAGGCCAUGAGUGUGGUUGGUCACUAUUACCGUAGUAACCGUGCAGCCUGGUGGUGUGAAUAAAGAGUCUCCUCCCUUUCCUCUCC